UUGCGAAUGUACAACUCAGUUGAUAAGUUGUUCGUGAGUGGUCAAGUUAAUAGAUCGCUUAGCAACAUGUCGCAGCAACUGGAACCGAUUAGUCUUGAAAUUAUGCAGGAAUUUCAAAAGUGUUAUAGACAAAAUUGGCCUAAAUAUUGUCCAGAGUUCUAUUGCCUGGAUAACUUCAUUGGAUUUCUGAAAAAAGAUCCGCAGAUCAAAAACUUAAAAGCCUACACACUGAGCGAUGAGAGAGCCAAAGACGAAGCUCUCUUUGUGAUUGUGGAUCGUUAUCAGCUGUUUGUGGGCUGCCUAAAUAACUCGCUUGGACUUGUCGAAGCAGCUUUAACCUUACUCGAUUGGUCAACUGGCCUCAAAUGUAGUUCGAUACCAGCUCGACACAUUGCGGCGCUGGAGAGCGUGAUCGAGGAGAAACAGCUGCAGUUAUUGUUCAAAGAUUUAACAAAUCUGCAUUAUUUGCCAGCAGAGAAGGCGCGUCAGUUAUGUGUUGAAGCACCACCUGGAUUUUAUCUGGAUACGUUGAGGGAAAGUGAUGCGGAAUUGGUUAACGAGGAAUGGCCAAAUCAUCACGAAGGCUCCUUGUACUUUGUACAACGACAGAUUAAGUUGUGUCCAAGUGUUGGACUCUAUGCGGAGGAUUCCAAGCAACUGGUGGCCUGGUGUAUCAGACUGCAAGGAGGCUAUUUGGGUGCACUGCAGGUGAGAAGUUCGCACCAGCGACGAGGAUUUGGCAGCCUCGUCACCAAGGAGAUAGCACGUCGCAUAGGCUGCCUGGGACAGGAUGUGAUGGCGCUGGUCAAUCCACAGAAUACUCCAUCGAGGGUGAUGUUCGAUAAGCUCGGCUUCAAGGUAAUCGAUCAAUGUCAUUGGCUGCGAACUCGACCUCUCCACGGAGAAAUUACCUGGCCCGAAGGGGAGUAAACAAAGUUACUAC